GUAUUAUAGUCGAAAAUUCAGUCAUGUAGCGCUCGCUGCCUCGCGUACACGCAUCGUGCACAUUUCGAUAAUACGCGUGUGUCAUUAUUACUAUAUAUAGUUCGCGCGAGCACGAAUUGAUAUAUAAACGCAAUCGCGGAGCAGUAGUGUGUACCGUAUAUAGUGCUAACAUACCUGUGGUGUGACAUGUUGUUGUUUGUUGACAGCAGCAGCAGCCCAACACGGAGAAGAAGCGUGCAACAAUAAUAAUCACAAAUAAUAAUCAUUGAGCAGCAGCGAGUGAUGCACACGCGUUCGCGCAGCAGCUUAAUUACCUCUCGCGCGAAUUUUUCCUCGGUGUUGGUGUCGUAUAUAGGUAUCUAUAUGCGCGACGAGACGCGCCAGUGAAAUGAUAAUCGGCACGCAUCGAUAAGUAAUAAUAUCGAGAUCCGUCGUCGUCGACUCUCUCUCUACGCACCACCGAAUCUCACUACUGCAGAUUGACAAGAGUGCAUUCUCAAGCACUGCGACUCUGACGUAUACUCAAAGACCAUAGAAAUGAAUAUUUUCUGAGUGAAAUUACUAAUUUAUGGAUACUCAUUGAUUAUAAACUACAAAACAUGGCUUUACACGACACAGCCAUCAACAGUCUUGUACCAUCGUAUGAUUCUUUAAAUAUAGAGAACGGUACCAGCAGUGCAAGUUCUCUGGAACCGUUGAGCAAUACAUCUACUAAAAAGCUUGCCAGAGGUAUAUCCAGAGCAACGGAAAAUACUGACAUAGUCACACAUGCUCGACUAAAGUUGGCUGGCGGUGACACUCUUGAAUUUACUUUUUCAUUGCCUGAUUUAUCCAUUUAUCCAGAUGACUUUAGAGAAUUUUUGGAAAAAGAUUUAAUAGAGCGUGGCUGCUUGGUUUCGUUGGAAGCAGCUGGAAGACUGAACUGGUGGUGCGGAGGAAAACAUAGAGUCCUCUGGCCACUUGCCACAACGGGCGAUGGGAAUUGUCUUCUUCACGCUGCUUCACUUGGUAUGUGGGGGUUCCACGACAGAGAACUCACAUUAAGAGAACAAUUACAUACCACACUUUCAAAUGGAGAAUUUCGACUUGCUUUAUUCAGACGUUGGAGAUGGAGACAAAUGGCUUUGAAUGAAGCGGCUGGUUUAAAAUAUACAGAAGCAGAGUGGGUUUCUGAAUGGCAAGGUAUUGUGGAUAUGGCUUCUGCAAAUCCUAGAAAUCAAAUGAGUACUUCUUAUCAAAGUUUAGAGGAGGUACAUAUUCUUGCCUUGGCACAUAUCCUGCGACGAACAAUCAUUGUUGUAGCUGAAACAAUGUUGAAAGAUGCAGAAGGUGUUGCGAUAGCUCCCAUUCCUUUUGGUGGAAUAUAUCUUCCUUUUGAAAUAGCUCCUGAGCUAUGCCACAGAACACCUUUAUUAUUAGCAUAUCACUCAGCACACUUUUCACCACUGGUUACAGUGGAUAGUAGUUCUGAUCCCAGAGAAGGAAGUCUCGAGGGUUACAGUAUACCUUUAGUUGACCCAGACACAGGAUCACUGUAUCCCGUUCACUUUGCCGUUGAUCCAGGACCAGACUGGGUUUGGUCUGCAUCACAGGAAUUGUUACCUUGUAAAAAAGAAGACAUGGAAAUUCUCAUAAAACGCUAUUUGGAUUGUGAAUAUCAAAUUUUUUCAGUCGAUGAGGUAGAUAGGAUGGUUGAACCGGAUUCCAUAAAACAUAAAGUUAAACAAUUGAAUAGUGUAGCUAAACAAUUUGGAUCUAUAGGAAAAUCAGUCAGUAAAUUUUGGUCUAAGAGACCAAAACCAAAUUCUUCUUAUGGAGAUACUUUACUCUGUGUCAGAGUCAGAAGCAGAAGGCAUCAAUAUGCUGAUCAAAUGCUGCAAAAUUAUUUAGAAAGUGCUCACGAUAGAUACCUCCAAGACUGCAAAAUUAGUGAUUCUGGUACUCCAUUAAAUUACGGAGCUGGAAAAUCGAAAUUUUAUACUGCAUGUGAUAGCAAUAGUCAUGCCAGUGUCAGCAAGCUUCCAGCAACAAAUCCAAAUAAAGAUCGUGAUUCUACAUUAUAUCUUUCAAGAUCUACCUUUUAUAACGACAACAUAUUAUCCGAAGAAUCCAAAUCACAUUGGAAUAAUAAUUCGGACUGCGUUAAAAAUUGUCGCACUGUAGACUGUAAGUUCUUCGGUUCGCCGCAAAAUCAGUACUAUUGUUCUCAAUGUUGGGCAGAGCUACGACGUCUUUGAAUGAAACUCGAUCUUUUGACAAUAAUAUAAUUUAUUUUUGAUUUAAAUUGUGCAAAGCAUAAAUUUCAGUGUGAUAAGAUACAUUAUAAAUAUCGAAUUUUUGUUAAAUUUUGUUUUUUUUAUCGAUGUGUACAGCCUCAGUUGCUAAUGAGUAUUUCCUCUGCUAGUUGCAAUAUUUUAUUAGAGAUCUUAGAUUUUCGCUCUUUAUAGUCCUACCAAGAGAAUUAUCUAUUCUUUUUUGUUUUGGUGUGCUUGCAAUUAAAUUAAUACUCAACAGUACUUUGAGCUUCUCCAGUGUUUUUAUUUUUAGAAAGAGAAAAGUUUAUUUACUGUGUGCUUGCUAAGUUCACUAAUAGUAUUAGUAAUAAAUAUAAAAUAGAAAGAUUUACAACAUUAUUUUUCGAAUCUCGUUCAGUGAUAUGCAUAUAAAAUGACGGAAGAUAUAUAUAUAUAUAUAUAUAUUUGAAAACAUGUAUACAUAUUUAUGUGAAAUCUUUGUGUCCUCGAAAAAUGCGCGAAAACAAACAUAAAAAGAUAUUUUUAUAAACCUGCA